AUGGAGAGCUUACCCACGACGGUUCCGUCUAAAUCAGAACGACGAGGUAGAUCCUCCAAGUCUCAGAAUACCUCCAAGCCUUCAGUGAUUAUGGCCUUCUUCUCCUGCGUCGCUUGGCUCUACGUCGCUGGCCGGUUAUGGCAAGAUUCAGAGAAUAGAGUGAUACUCUAUAAUAUGCUUAAGAAGAAUUAUGAUCAGAAGCCUAAGGUUCUUUCGGUGGAUGACAAGUUAAUGGUUUUAGGAUGCAAAGAUCUUGAGAGGAAAAUUGUUGAGACUGAAAUGGAGUUGACUCUGGCUAAGAGUCAAGGAUAUCUGAAAAACCGGAAAAGUGGUUCGUCUUCAGGGAAGAAAUUGCUUGCUGUAAUUGGAGUGUAUACAGGCUUUGGAAGUCAUCUGAGGCGAAAUACAUUUAGAGGGUCUUGGAUGCCACAAGGUGAUGCUUUGAGGAAGCUUGAGGAAAGAGGAAUUGUCAUACGUUUUGUGAUUGGUCGAAGUCCAAACCGAGGUGAUAGCUUAGACCGGAAAAUUGACGAGGAAGAUAAAGCAAGGAGAGAUUUUUUGAUUCUUGAGAAUCACGAGGAGGCGCAAGAAGAGUUACCCAAGAAAGUGAAGUUCUUCUACAGUGCUGCUGUUCAAAACUGGGAUGCAGAGUUUUACGUCAAAGUUGAUGACAACAUUGACCUAGAUCUUGAGGGCUUGAUUGGUCUUCUUGAAAGUCGGCGUGGUCAAGAUGCUGCUUACAUUGGGUGCAUGAAGUCUGGGGAAGUGGUUGCUGAAGAGGGAGGGCAAUGGUAUGAGCCGGAAUGGUGGAAAUUUGGAGACGAAAAAUCGUACUUUCGUCAUGCAGCUGGUUCGCUGUUAAUACUAUCCAAGAGUUUAGCUCAGUAUAUACACAUAAACAGUGGCUCAUUGAAGACAUACGCAUUUGAUGAUACCUCAAUAGGAUCUUGGAUGAUUGGUGUUCAGGCAACUUAUAUAGACGACAAUCGCCUUUGCUGUAGCAGCAUCAGACAAGACAAGGUUUGUUCUGUUGCUUGA